UAUAAAUAUUGCCGCACUUAUUUAAAUUCGUUGACUCUUUGAAGGCCAGUUAGUUAAAGUGAAUACCUUAGUGGAUAUCAACGCAUUUGAUUGCGCUCUUCUCGAACAGAAGUGAAUCCGUUUUAGAUCAAAUCUUGUAUGUGAACAUGUUAGAUUCUGUACCGAAAGACAAAACUCAGAAGGUGAUUCCAAACGGCUGCACUGACAAAGAGUGGAAAGUUACAGCUUCUGAAGCUGCCAAGAAUUGUAAAAACUACAUCCGAGACAUAGUCGACAAUCUAGUCCUAGAACCAAAUCCAGAAAAGUCUCUGAUUGCACUUUCCAUAGGUGAUCCAACAGUUUAUGGAAAUUUGGAACCCCCAAAUGAAGUCGUGCAGGCAGUGCUUGAAGCCGUUACCGAUGGAAAAUAUAACGGUUAUGGACCUACUGUUGGCACCGAUGAAUCCCGAAAAGCUGUGGCGAAAUACUUGUCGUUCGAUGGAGUCGAGUACGACUUCAAAGACGUGAUACUAUGCAGUGGAUGCUCCUCAUCUUUGGAUCUUUGCAUUACAGCCCUGGCGGAUUCGAAAAGGGGCCAUAACAUUGUUAUACCAAAACCGGGAUUCACUAUAUACAAGACUUUGGCUGAAUCUUUUGGCGUCGAAGUGAGAAACUAUAAUCUUCUACCAGAAUAUGACUGGAUGAUAGACUUGGCUCACCUUGAAGCCCAAAUUGAUAAUAACACAGCUGCGAUUGUCGUCAAUAAUCCUUCUAAUCCAUGUGGAUCCGUAUUUACCGAAGAACACUUGAAAGACAUCUUAGAUAUUGCGUACAAGUACAAGGUGCCCAUAAUCGCUGACGAAAUAUACGAGCGAUUGGUGUUUUCAGAAACGCGAUUCGUGUCGAUUGCCGCCGUCAACUCACGCGUUCCCGUGUUGGUAUGUGGGGGCCUGGCCAAACGGUUUUUAGUUCCUGGUUGGAGAUUGGGAUGGAUUUUGUUUAAUGAUCCGAUCGGUGCAUUCGACUCAGAAGUCAGGAAGGGAUUGACUUGCCUCAGUCAGAAAACAAUUGGCAGUAAUAGUCUUGUACAAGGUGCACUGCCUAAAAUAUUAGAACUCACGCCCCAAAGCUUCUAUGACGAUUUAAAUAACACUCUUUACCAGCACGCGAAAUUGGCGUACGACAUUUUAGCUAAAAUUGAUGGACUAACUCCUUAUAUGCCUGCCGGUACCAUGUAUAUGAUGAUCAAGAUUGAAAUUCAAUGCUUCCCACAAUUCCGAACGGGAUUAGAAUUGAUGCAGAGGUUAAUGGAAGAGGAGUCCGUAUUUUGUUUACCUGGCGAGUGCUUUGGAAUAUCUGGAUUCAUGCGUAUCGUCCUUACAGUACCUUUCGAUAUGCUGAAAGAAGCCUGUGAGAGAAUGAGCGCAUUUUGCAUACGUCACUACCAACAUUACACCCCAUAUGAUUUGGAAUCGCAGGCGUAUAUAGAUACUUCGCAGUGACGUAUUUGUUUAUAUAGAUUAAGUUUAAUUUCGUCGUUAUAUAUAAAACCAGUUUAUAUAUUCAGGUUUUAUAUAUUCAGGAUGGAAACUUUUUUGUAUAUGUAAUACAUAUUUAUAAAAACAAGUUUGAUUCUGUACGGAAAGAAUAUAUUAGCUUCUGUUAA